AACUUAGUAGACAUCAACAAAAGUGUAUAAAUCGUGCAUCUAGGACUAAAAUAGUCUUAUUUUCAUUAUGAGCUUUUGUUUAAAUGAAGUCCUAUUAAAUAGUAUCUGCUCAAUAUUAGUAAAGAUUCAUCACAUUUUAUCCGAGUGAAGCAUUCAUGCUUCUGCUUAUUUACGCUGCGUUUAUUCUGCCCGUCAAGCCUUUAUAUCCUAUUGAAUAGUUUCGAAUUGGCCAACACCAGUAUAAAACUUUCAAAAAUACCAAAAGUUCAUAUUAAUUAAAAAAGUGAGUUCUAUUUAUAAGAUAUCGACAUUUUUGAUAUUUUUCAGACAGACCAUGAAGAAAGAAAUCAGCUUUUUCGUAAAAUUGUUACAAGAGUUCUUCUCUUUAUUAAUCAUCGUCGAUCACAGAGUUUUUGCAGACAUCAGACUUGAGCCGUCUAAUGGCAUUGUAUCUGAAAACACAUCUUUUACAUGGAAUUGCACAUUUAGUCCAAUCGAUAGCUUUAUAUCCUGGAAAGUGAAUGAUAAUGGAACCGCAUACAUCGACCAACAAAAAUGUACUGGUACUGGAUUUCUAAAUGAAAGAGAUAAAUAUAAAACCGAUUGUGGCACUGGCUGGAUUUCCGUUCAAAUACGUAAUGUUAACAGAAACAAUAAUGGAGAAGAAUGGCAUUGUCAAAUUGUAGGGACAUUCCAAGGUCAGAAAGUAACGUUGCAAGUUCAAGGUAAGACCACACUCUUGAAUAUUUCGUCUCCUGAUUUAAAAAAAAUUGAAUAA